GCAGACUGACCGGAUUUCAGCAGCACGCACAGAGAAAGGAGGAAACUGCAGCUCCCACUGAAACCUCCACAUCUGAGAAGAAACUUUUUUCCCCCCCUCUUUCUUUCUUCCUCUCCGGUCUUUUGCUUCCAGUAAUAAUAUCCGGAUCUGCUCACACAGGAAUUAUCGCACUUUGAAGACACCGAGCUGAGCUGGGAGGAAGCGCUGAUUCACACUCUGCUGAUUUCUUUCUCGGGGUGGGGGGACUUAAAAGUUCACAACGCCAUGUCUGGUGAGUCGGAUCACAGUCGGCGGUUCUGCGUGCUGUCUUGGGAUCAGGUGCAGCGCUUGGACUCGAUCCUGGGCGAGGCUAUCCCCAUCCACGGCCGAGGAAACUUCCCCACGCUCUCCGUACAGCCCCGCCAGAUUGUCCAGGUUGUGCGAGCGAGGCUUGAGGAAAGAGGUGUGCAUGUUAAGGAUGUGAGGUUGAACGGCUCGGCUGCCAGCCACGUGCUCCAUCAGGACACGGGACUGGGCUACAAGGACCUCGACCUGAUCUUUGGUGUGUCGCUGAAAGAUGACCAGGCCUUCCGUCUGGUGAAGGACGUCGUGCUGGACUGCCUGUUGGACUUCUUGCCAGCCGGGGUCUCUAAGGAGCGCAUCACAGCACUGACCCUUAAAGAGGCCUACGUGCAGAAACUUGUGAAAGUCUGCAAUGACACGGACCGCUGGAGCCUCAUCUCGCUGUCCAACAACACAGGCAAGAACGUGGAGCUUAAGUUUGUGGACUCUUUACGGCGGCAGUUUGAAUUCAGUGUAGACUCCUUCCAGAUUUGCCUCGAUUCUCUGCUCUUGUUCGACCGCUGCUCUGAGACGCCCAUGUCUGAGAGCUUUCACCCCACCGUAAUUGGCGAAAGCGUGUACGGGGACUUCAAAGAAGCUAUGGAACAUCUGUGUCAGAGGACCAUAGCUACUCGCACCCCUGAAGAAAUCAGAGGGGGCGGCUUGUUGAAGUACUGCCACUUGCUCGUGCGAGGCUUCAGACCCUCGUCAGAGGCGGACAUGAAACAGAUGCAGCGCUACAUGUGCUCGCGCUUCUUCAUCGACUUCCCCGACAUAGGUGAGCAGCAGAGAAAGCUCGAGGCUUACCUGCAGAACCACUUCGCCGGCAUGGAGCACAAGCGGUACGAGUGCCUCACGACUCUGCACGAAGUAGUGAACGAGAGCACAGUGUGUCUGAUGGGCCACGAGCGGCGCCAGACGCUCAGCCUCAUCUCCAUGCUGGCGCUGAAGGUGCUGGCUGAGCAGAAUGCUAUCCCCACGGUAACCAAUGUGACCUGUUACUACCAGCCAGCGCCGUAUGUGCAGGACAUAAACUUCAGCAACUAUUAUAUUGCACACGUGCAGCCGCCACAGGUCGCUGCGUGCAGCGCUUCAUAUCAGACGUGGCUGCCCUGCAGUUGAGCUGGUGUCAGGGCGCGGAGGUCACCGUGUCUCCACUGCAUCGCUCUGUCCAGGAUGUGGACUGAAAACAAUCAAUAAAGAAACCCAUUUGCCAAAUGUGACUUUAUAAAAACAACCCUGUACUGCUGUACAUCUGAUUGAGCCGACAAGUUUUUUUUUUUUCCUCUUGUUUUCUCUUGCAAGAGAAAAGAGUCUGUAAGAUUGCUGGUCAUUUCUGAGAUGUAGCGAUAAUAUCUUUAAGUAUUAAAAAAAAUCUACUUUGUCAGGUGUGCAUUUUUGAGGAAGCAGACAAUGAAGCUGGUGGUGUUUUCAUACCCUGGCUUUUAUUUUGUUUUAUUUUUUUUAAAUUGCAUACGGACCAAAGAUAUGUGGUUUUUCUUUUUUUUGUUCUUUGUUCUGAAAGGGAAUGUAAUCACACUUCCAAGUGCCUUAAAAAAAAACAACCAAAAAAACCCCACAAUGUUCUGAAAACAUCUGUAAAGUGAGAAUUGUGCAUCCAGUGUUUUCUAGAUUACUGUUUCUCUUUUCAAGAACAGAAGCAUUCGUUUUUGAGGUUUCCCCCCCCCCCUCCUUUUGUAUUGUGGUUAUUUUCUGCUGGCCUGUAAUGAUUGUUGAUAUUUUAAUCUUUGGUUUUUAGGACUGCAGUUGGUUCCAACUGGUCAUUGUCUGAGCUGCUUCAAAAUUCACACAGUUGAGUUUUUAUAUUGUUACGUGUCCACAAUAAACAAUGUGCUUUGGCCAAGACGUGACACACACAGUGA